CUAAAGCUAGUACACUGUAUCUCAGCAAGAUGGCGAGUGGUUUGGAUGUUGUGGAUUUACGACAGGAUCGUUUAAGUCAGGAACACUGUCUUAUUUUGAAAGUGCUGGAGGAUAUCAAUGUUCAACACUUCAAUGUUAACCUCGACCUUAUAACUUCGCUCAGGUAUAUGCGAGAGCGAGGAAUACUAACUGAAAUACAAAGAAAAUGGCUGCGUAGAAAAUUAAGGUCGAUCGAUCACGAGGAGAAAAUAAUAUUUUGGCGGACAUUCUUGUUUUAUUUGUUCCGUAUUAGAACAAAUCGAGAGGCUAUACUCAAUGUUCUUGUUGAGCAGGGAUUUUCGUCGCUUGCUGAUGAAAUAAAAGAUGGGUUCAUACGCUACGCAAUGAAUUUUGACCUAUACCCAGGGGCAGAUAUCCCAAAUGCUGACUACGUACUGAAAAUGUACAUGCAUUGGAAAAAGAAAAUCGACGAUGGUACAUGUCGAGAGGACCAGUUGGGAGAUCUAUCAAACAGGGUCAGAGAAAAAAUGUUGCAACCGAAUAUCAACGAUAGGGAUUGCCAAAAAUACGCGGACCAGUUUGUUGUCCUGACAAGACUGCGAAGUCAGCUAUGUGCAGAUCCAGAUUCGGCGCUGAAACUGAUAGAAAACAUGAAGCUUAGCGUUCCUACCAGAGUGAAUACAUACUUCGCUGAAAUGGUAUAUCAUGGCAGAAAUAUAAUUAAAUCACUGGCCGAAGGAGACAUCGGGCAAGCAAAGAUUUACUCAAACGAAGUUGAGGAAAUGUGCCUAAGAUGUAAACACGUUUGUGUUAGGACAAUGUUUCAUCACAGAAUUGUGUCUGUUUACAGGAAAGUGUAUGCAGCUAACCCGAGCGAACACAUAUUUAAAGAAAUAGAGAGUCACUGUCGAAGCGGUCUAAACGUUGUUAACUCUUUGACAACUAGCGAAGCAACGGAUUUCUUUGAACUUUUUUUUCUUCUCAACAUAACAGAGACAAUGCUUGGCAUAAAUGUUGAUUUUACGAUAAGCCGCCAACUACAUGAAAGAGAUAAGUGUUUUGGAAAGGCAUUCGUAUACCUAGACAAUAUUGAAAGAAAACACGUGAAAAACAUGACACCAAGAUGCUGUAUGAAAUACAACAUAAGCAAAGCACGACUUCAUGAGUUUGAUGAUAAAGAGGUCGCAGUUGAAUAUAUCGAAGAGGCCAUAAAACUUGCGCAAAAUGGAUUAAUAUUUCCAGAUCGCAUUGCAAACAUUGAAAGAUACAGGCGCAGCAUUGGUUCUUAAGCCUUACGUAAAUGAGGAGAAAAUAAGUUAAGAUAUGCAUUCAGGUCCAGGGUGCAAGUCGACGACAGAGGAGGGGAGAAAAGCCUUACCAGAAACAUACUGCAAUGUUCCAGGAAUGUGGCAAAUAGUGCGCUUCGCAAUCGUCAAUAAUGUUUUGCUUGUGGAAUAUUUAGACGAAGGUUAUACUCUACGGGGUAUAGUACGUCUUAAUGAUGGAGAUGGAAGAAGAAAAUAAGAAUUUCGGCUUAGAAUGAGGAAAUGGAUCCUGAAUUUAUAUUGAGAUGUUUCGUUGUCGGAAUUAGACAGUAACGAAAGUGUGGAAACUAAACCACAAACUAUGUUUACAGUAGGCUUCAGUAUAUACCAAGUUGAUAAAAGUGAGUAUGUGUGUGUUAACAGACACUGGUUUUAUUAACGUUCGGGUAAUAACUUGUCAUUGCUCUACCUGUAGCAGCGUUUAAUGAUUCUACUAUUGUAGUAAGAAUCAAAUUAGUCGUUCCAAUAAGGGACACAGUAGUUCUUCAUGAUCCAAUGCCCGUUUUCUAUAACAUGCAUAUGGUGUGUGUAUGAUGACUACCAUGUUAAAAUUUGCUGAAAUUAACAUGCAAAUAAGUAAAUAACGGCUUUUGAAUUUUGGAAAAGUACAUUAUUAUUUGUUGUAUUCUUACUUGAAUUUUCAUUAAACUAUGUAUAAAUCCCUUUGCGUGAUGAAAUAACUUAUGUUAGUGUAUGAUAUCAAUCUUUUGACAAGAGCACUUAAAAUACUAGUUUCGAGUAUAGAGAUACAUAUCAUAAUACGAUGAAGUGUAUACAGAAAAAGAAGAUACAGAACAAAAUGGAUGUUAUCUCUCUUAAAAAGAUUCUGUUUUAAUUAUAACAUCGCUUACUACAUUGUGUAAAUAGUAUUUUUGAAACUGUAUAUACCAUAAUCUAUAUAAUACCCCUUCCGCCUCUAUAACGCAAUUGACACUUUUUGUGUGUGUUUUGUUGUUGUUUUAGACAUUAUUUAACUUGUUACGUUUGAUAUAGAUUUAGCUAAAAUCGCAAAUACAUGAUGUAUAAUGAUUAAAUGGAAAAUGUCGUCAGUUAGCACAGCUUUUUGCAAUUGUAUUUAUAAAAUUUACAUAUAAUCAAUUAGUAUAUAGUAAUAGUUUGUUUUGUAUAUUUUGUUGGUUAUUGCGAAUGAUGGUACUCCGGUUACUGAUUAUAUGAAGUCAUAAAUGCCUGUAGCUAUAAUCAUUUAAAGUUCUAUAAAAUCUCACGCUUUUUGCUGUUUUCACGUUAAAUUGUAUAUAUGCUAUCGUUUACUUUCUUUGAAAUAAAGGUUCUGUGUU